AUGUCAUCUUCGAUAGCAGCGUCUGGUGGCUCGAGCCGGACGUUUAGCAAGUCCGAGCUUGACCAUUCAACCAGUUCGUAUGCUGUAUUAGGAACGUCGCCAAUCUCAGAUGGAGGAUUGUUGAAUUCGAAAGGAUUUGGUCCUGAGAAUGGCCAGCAGAGUCGAAUCAAUAUGGAGGGGUCGAAUCAGAGAGGUGAAAAUUAUGAUCCAAGGAAGACCGUCAAUGAUGGUGGAACCACGGUGACAUAUAAAUUGCAUAAAUCAUGCGACUAUUGUCGACAUAGAAAGAUUAAAUGUGUUAGAAGACCAGGAUCAGAAAUCUGUGACCAUUGUAGAAUCUGUGAGGUGGAGUGUACUUUCAGUAGGAAGAUGCCCAGCAAAAAACGAAAACUGCGGUCCGCAAGAAUUGUGGCUUCUCUUCGUGAUAGAGACAGAUUGGGAUAUGAAGGAAGUGGAAUUGGUAGUGCAGACGAUACAAAUGAUAGUAUGGGUAUGAGCAUUCGAGGUCGUGGAAGUGUAUCUGAAGAAGCAGUCGAUAAUGGCAAUUUCAUAGCAAAAGAAGAAAGUACUGCUAGUCCUAAGGAUAGGAAUCAUCUGACAGCUGUGAAAAUAGAGCCUGAGUCGGCUGAUUCUGAAGUUGGAUCUGGAGAGGGAGCAAUUGGCAAUGCUACAGUGCCAGGAGUACCCUCGUCUGUGAAAGGUGUGAGUGUGAGCACUCCAAUAAUGAGCUAUACACAACAGGGUACUGGAAUGACGCCAUUGACAGCAGGCGGAUGGUACUAUGAACCGUUUUUUGAUCUCAUUUAUAGUGCCAAAGCCUCGCCAAUGGAGGAUCCUAGUAAUGGCAAAAGUGGAGCACCUUCACCAUUGCCAGCUGAGAGUGUGAAUGAGGAGUCUUCUGCAUUUCCACAAGCAUCUGAAGGGUUACAAGGUAAUUCAAAGACGGAUGUAUUUGCGAUCCAUGGUCAUGAAGUCCACUCUACGAACCAUGUGAUUCCGACCACUAAUCAUGGUGUUCGAGGUGAUCAUGAUGACACCCAUGCCAAUAAUCGUAAACAAACUGAAAACAACUAUCCAUCUAUAAAUGGCUCGACAGACAGUCCACAUAGCCAAUAUACAGGAUCGCCAAAUAUAGCCGAAAUGGCACUAUCAGGGUAUGCCAGCAGACCCAACACAGAAACCAACAGCAACAACAACAUCAACACCAAUGGUAAUGCCAACACAAGUUCUAACGAACCAAUAUCCGCAUCGGUAUCAGUAACUACUCCGGGAGGCACAGCACAUGCCCUGCCACUGGACAAUAACUCUAAUCUCACAUCUCUAGCUAUCAUCGCUACUGAGCACAAUGCAUCAUUAACAGUACCAUCAAACCAUAGCAGACGGUUACCAGAAGACCCACAAGCAGUCAGAGACGCAUAUACUCUGUAUAUUGAGCCAUGUACACCGUUUUUCCCGCCGGAAUUCUACGACGCCAGUGACAUGUCUACACUGGCACGAUGCUGUAUGAGUCUUGCAUCCUUCUCAUCCCCUAACAGUGUUGCACCUGUCGGUUCGAUAGCCAUGUUAUAUGAAGUAGUUGACCAGCUGGUGGCACAGGAGACAGUAUGGAACGAGUUCUCACUUUCAGCAGUGUUCUGUGUUCUAGUAAGAUACAAACUGCCAUACGACAGAGUAUCCAGAGCCAUUAAUCAAUUCAUUAAAAAGGGACCUCAACACUAUCCAUCACCAGGAAUCAACUACAACCUACUAAUUGGAGCACUGUCAGCAUAUGCUUGGAACUCGUUGGUAGCCUAUGACAACCUGCGACCUCCUAAUAACGAUGAGGCAGAAAUCAUUGAUAUCUACGAAACUGUCACAAGUAACAUCAGCGAAGAUACAUUUGCAUAUCACUUUUUAUACGUUUCGACGCUACUUUGUCGAUUCAAAGUGUUGAUGAUUCUGCCGGACGAAGUAUAUUCACCCGAAUCACUAGCAUCCGGCAGUCCUCAACACGACGAUGCAUGGUAUUCGACCCGCAAAAGUCUCAUUCGACUAGAAUAUGAGCUUCUACUAUGGCCAGUUCGACUACCUAAACACCUGACUGUAGUAAAAGACGACCUCAUUGCUACACCCGGAGCGCUCAUCUUACACGUACUUCACAACACCGUGCUCCUGGCUUACUACAUUCAAGCCAUUCGACACAAAGACCCCUACGGACGAAUGCUUUCAAUUCUACCAGUGCCUGGACUCCUACAAUUUCUCUGUGGCAUGGCAGCAAGCUCGUUCAAAUGCCAGCCAGACAUCAUCGAGAAAUGGCCCAUCAUCCGCGACUGUCUCGUAAUCACCGCACGACUCAUGCUCGAACUGUACAACCAAACCGAAUACGAGAACUGUAAAGUAGCACUGGCCCUCUACCAAGACAGCCAAACCGCCCCAGGACUCUACAACUCGAUCCAAAAAGUUCUCGCGGCCGUCGACUGGGCUGCCAAUGACAAAGACGGCGCUGCCCUCUACUGGAUCUUCCGCGACGUACGGUCCAUGUCGCUCCAACACCUCCUCUAG